ACAAAUGUAUAUAUGCUGGUCGUAUUGUAGCAUCAUCAUUGUGAACAGGAGGACAGGAGAAAGGAUUAAGAACGUAAGAAAUACCCAGGACGAAUCGUCAGAUCUGCCUCUUCAGAAGUUAAUCUGUUUCAACAGUGCAUAGUUCGGAGAUUCUAAAAUUCAAGAGGGAAAGGGGUCAGUUGACUAUUAACAGAUUGUCACCAACGUGGGAGUCCAGAGGAGAUAGUAUGAUUGUAUCUGUAGGUCUGCUCGUCAUUGUUGCUGUUACUACAACAGAUGCAGGAUAUGUACCAUAUAAUUUGGGUAAAAUAAAUGUUGCCGUAUACAAGCCAGUGAAUCAGUCUAGUACAAUAUGGGAUUCCGAUCCUUCGUUUGUUGUAGACCGAAACACACAAACAUGUUCUUAUGCCCAUGAAGCCCAUAACUGGUGGUACGUCGACUUGGAAGCAGACUACCCAGUUGGUGAAAUAAACGUCUUAGGAUGUUGCGAUUCGCAUAAGAGAGGUUAUAAUAUUUCAGUAAACAUUGGUCUUUCCUUGGAUAACUUGACAGAAGUGGCUUUCUGGCCCGGUCCAAUCGGUAAAACGGAACAGACUAUAAAUUUUCCUAAUACGAAAACGAGAUACGUUAAAAUUGUCAGUAAAAAAUAUUAUGGUAGCAUUGAUCUUUGUGACGUGAAGGUGAUGGCAUACAUUGAACAUAUUUCUUAUUAUAAGCCAACGAACCAGUCCAGUCAAUAUGGUGGAUAUGCUUCCUAUAAGGGUGUAGACCAACUUGAUUAUCCAGUGUUUUAUUCCGGCGGUUGCUUUCAAACCCUGAAAGCCGAAACUAACUGGUGGUACGUCGACUUAGAGGCCAUCUACCCAGUUUGGCAAAUACAAGUGAUUAACAGAGAUGACUCCUUUGCGGAUCGAGCCAAAAAUAUUACAGUAAUGAUGGGUGAUUCUCUGGAUACCUUGACACAACAGGCUUACUGGGCUGGCCCUCUCGGCGUUUACACGCAUGUUACAUUCCCAGACGCUAUCCCAGCGAGAUAUGUUAAACUUGUGCAGAGAGCAAACGAUUAUUUUCACCUUUGUGAGGUGAGAGUGUUAACAAAUCGCGUAAUUACACUCGUAGAUGGUUCAAAAACAUGGUAUGGAGAGUGACAACAGUACAGUGUAUGUGAACAAUUCCUUUCGUCAAUAAAUUAGCCUCUUGUUUUGAUGCUA